AUGGCAACGUCGCGCGAACGAACUGUGCUUAUCACUGUAGGAAGUACGCGAUUUGAUGCACUUAUUAACGCGGCCCUCUCCCCUGCUACCUUGAAUGCGCUUCGUGCGUGUUGGGGUCCUGGCGCUUAUGCUGUGACACACAUACACAUGGGCGUGAAUGGCCAUGCCUUUUCUAUGGAAGGUGUCAAUGUAUUUGCCUUUGCGUAUGCACCCCACUUACGAACGUGGAUCGAAGCCGCCAGUCUCGUUCUUUCGCAUGGAGGCGCCGGCACCAUAUUGGAAGUCACACGGUCUACGCCUACUCCACGCCUAAUUGUGAUUCCAAACACGAAUCUCAUGCAUGACCACCAGCGUGAGUUGGCUGAGCACCUUGCAGCGCAACACGUACUAAGCCUGGGCGACGUGUCGUACCAGUCGUCAACAGUGUCCUCGGUCACUGGCAGUGCCAGUGCACGACUGGUCAAGUCUCAGUCUGAUACACUGCGCGAUAUGCAUGCGGCCAUAGAUAAGCUGCUUCAGCCCAAGUCGUCAACAUCUGAGCAUAGAUCACAGAUGCGAUACUUGAUCGAUGCACUUAUCCAUGAGCCCACACACAUGCUGCCGUUACUCGAUCCCAAGGUUGCGACGCCACUUGUGUCUUCGCUUACUGUUUUGUGCAGCCGUGUACUGCGUGGUGAGUACGCAUACGAUGUGCAGCUGUUAUCGUGUGAAAUGCUGGCUGCUACCUUAAAAUAUGCAGAGUUGUCGACGCAACAAACGAUCGAAGAUACAGCCAAAGAAAUGACGUCGGCUACAGGUUGGGAUGCUACCUUGCCCACGCGAGCGCUUAGCACGCUGGAUCGUUCUCUCCUUUUCCAUUUGAUUGUGCGCUUGACACGUGAAGAGGACUGGGCGAUGCCUUUGAUCCGAGAACGCCCAUGGCAAGCGAUUCAAACACUUACAUUUCAGCUCACGGCGAUUCAGGCGCUCACCCGUGACGGCCGCGAUGUGAUGCCCUACCGUGGACUGAUUGAUACACUAACACAUUGGCUUUCCAAGGUGUGGGGUACCAUGCUAAUGCUGCAGGCAAAUGAAAUGAAGGAAACGUUGCCAGAGUAUGAGCACUGUACACGUGUCUUGCUAUCUCUCCUUACAUCGAUUUGCAAGUUUUCUGCUUCGCGUUUGGAGAAAGAGCAUAUGGAACUGAUUUUACGGCGAGCCACCGAUCUAAUUUUGCAUCCUGAUAUUCCUACCGUGCAGUCCAAGCCUGAGACGGCGACUCCAGAUAAGAACAAUGCCUUCACAGGCGGCUUUUCGUAUUAUGGCAUUGAAGCGAUGAGUCCCUACUUUGGCGUUGCAGUGCCCAGAGAGGCAAGCAUGGCGCUGAUACCUCCUGUACUUUCCACGCCUGAAAGUCAUAUCCCCGCGACUAUAACGCCUGCGGACCAAGAUUUUCCGUCGCUAAGCGAAGUGAAUGUACGUCUAAUUGCACGUCUUUUAGAGGCUAUCAUUUGCUAUGCGUUCAUUCCAACAUCAUGCAUUGCACCUGUGGUCUAUGCUCUUUGCCGCGUCAUUGGGUUGCCAGUAGCGCGUGCGAACGACAUGGACAUGAUCUUUGUGCUGCGUCUACGCAGUGUCAAUGUCACAUCAGAUCUAUGGCCUGUGCUGAACAACGUUUUGCGUAGUCACGUUGUGCACUUGAUGCUGCGGCUGGUAUACCAAAUUUUGUGUACACCACAUAAAGAGCCACGUUCCGUGCGUGUUGGCUCCUUGUUGUUUGUCCAUGCCACACUGAUUUGGAGUGUGCGUGAACGUUUGGAGGAGGAGUCCCUGAGUACGCGUGCGAAGCGUGGUGAUGAACCGCCGCCUCUGUUGCCACUUUCCAUGGUACAGAGCAUGAUCCAUGGCGCCAUUGCACAGGGUGACGACGCAUUAGACUUGGCUGUGAUGCUGCUCCUUGACGACUUUUUGCCAAAGCGCGAAAGUAUGCCGGCGGCACGCCUGCUACCUGAUUUGCCACCGCGCGAGAGCCAAUCUCCGAUUCCUCUAUGCCGAUUGUAUGGCGAUGGAAAGAGUCUAUCAGACUGGGACGUGCUCCCAGAACUCAUCGUGCUGAUGAAUCGACACAUGUCGCGUCUGCGGCGGACAGUCACCACGAUGAGUAUCACGACCAUGGUGCUUCAUGCGCUAGUGGUGAUCCUGUGUGGCUCCCCUGUGGAAGGCGAAGGCCAAGGACGACCUAUCCUUGCCAUGCCUUGGGCCGCAGCGACGUUUUGGAAACUGUCGCCGCUGUUGCCGGACGAUGUCCUCCUUGAUAUGGUACGCGAAAACCAGCGCCAGAACUGGUACCUGCCUAGCAAUCCCUUGUGGCUGGAUCACAUGGUCGAGUUGCUGGAUACGUUCUACCCUAUGGUGCUUCUGGAUGCACGCGAAAAUGGCGAGGCGCCAGCUCCGAAAGCGCGGUUAGAGACGAUACACAUGGUGACGCAAGUGUACGAAGCUGUCCAGGACAUACCUUCGCUCCGCAAUCCCAUGAUUGAGCGUGUGCUCAUGCCGCUUGCGUCGCGCGCCAUCCGGCUUGAGACAAAUUUGGACAUUGGUCGACCACUGCGAAAGAUGAUACGGCAUGCCAUCAUUGCCUCGGUGCUUGAUCCGACGAUUGCCGAGGGCAAGGCGAUGGAGCAUUUUAUCAAAGCCAUUACGCAGUCCGUGUACAAAGCCGAAACGACACCCACAGAUCUCGGUCGACCACUGCAGGCCAAAGCGCAGCACUCGCGCCAGCAGAGUGUGGGUCCACGUGAUAUGGACGUGCACUCCGGCCUUCAGCUGCGUAUGACACGCGCUACGCGCUCGGUGCGUGACUUGAUUUUCCUGUUCCAUCAGCUAGCGUUCGGUCCCUUGGAUCCGUCCAACGUCUCGCCGGAAGAGCUAGAGACACGGCGGAUGCAGGACCGCAUUCGGACCUGCUCCAUGGCGAUCUUCCAGAGCUUGCUGCGCAUCGUGCGCAACCAGAGCACGCAACCCACAAUGCAGUUAGAGCAUUUCGAAGCGCCUUGCACAGUACAGGUGCCGUUGCAUAUUCGACAGUACGUGCUGCGAUGGCUGCUGCGCCUUCGUGCGAACCGGAAGCACGCCAUCUACUUCCUCAGCAAGGACAGUCCAGAGACUAUGACACUUCUAUCGACCAUUGUACAAUCGGACGAAAAGGAAAAGGAGAGCAAGGAGGAAGAGCGUGGCCGUUCCUUGCAUCGACGCACAGACUCUGCGGAACAGACCAAGAGUGGACAGCAAGCAGAAAAAGUCGAGGCGGCUGUGAAGCGGGCUUCCUCACGCACGCGGCCAUGGUACGUGGAUCCCGUGGACUUGGAUCUGCCUGAAUGUACAUGGACGAGCGAGAUUUGGCAAGUAUACCAUCAUGACCACAACAAUGAGCACGCCCGAAUUCCCGAUGUGGAGCCCGAUGCGUCUACACCGGCAUUGCUCCCCAUCUCUGAAUACCUUUCGACCAUCGUCUUCUUACUUCAGAACGAGACGGAAUGGGAAUUGGUCUCGUGCAUUAUGGCAUUGUUCCCUGCGCAGCUGAGCAAUCGCCAUCUGUUCUGCGGGCCCAAGACAGUGGCGCAGACGCGGGCCUUGCGCGACUUCGUGUGCCCUCUCCUCUUGGAACAACGACCACUCCCCCACCUUGCGCUCCCUGAUGAUGUGCGUCGUACCGAUUUCUUGGCCAUGCUCUAUGCCACGCUCAAAGUGCUCGUGUCGUACCAGUCCUUGUUCACGCGUGCGCAGCAGGACGAAAUGGUCGAGGCGUUUGUCGCCGGACUAGGUCGUUCGCAGACAACCGCACAACCUUGUACACGGGCCUUGAUUGUGGCAUGCCAUGAGCUUCCGAAAUCAUUCACGCUGCACGUUACCAACAUUCUGGUAAAGCUCUCGACCAUCAUGUCGUCGAUUACGAUGAGCGUUCACAUCCUCGAACUUCUGGCGGAAAUCUGCAGUAUCCCGGCCUUGUAUGCGAACUUUACAGAGGCCGACUACCGCCGCAUCUUUGGAAUUGCACUGCAGUACAUCCAGUUCCAUGAGAGCACUGCGGCAGGCGGCACACGAGAAGACCUUCGCUCGUCGCCCGCCAAGUUCUCACUGUCGCAGUAUGUCCUUAUGCUGGCCUACAGCAACAUUGGACAGUGGUUCACAACGCUUAGGCUAAGUGAUCGUCCAAAGCAUGCAUCGUAUAUCGCUCAAGGCCUUGUUCUGGCCAAUGAAAAUUCGCCAUCGCUUAGCGACCAAAGCAUGGUGUGCUUGGAUUUCCUUGCGCGAUUCACGUACAGCAAUGCGGAAUCGAAGCCGGCUCGUUCGCUUCUUCGUAUGCUGGUCUCACACAAUGAUCCCAAUGCAGCUCCACCGCAGGGCCGCACUUGGCUCGUCGGUAAAGGCCUGGUCACGAUCAACCCACUUCGGCGUGCAGGCACGUUUGAAGUCAUUGUGCGCCGACCCAGCGGCACAAUCACGAUGAUCAGCAACUUGGAAAAUAUGCCGCGUAGCUCCCUGAUGGACGAUGAACUUUUGGCGCAUGUGCUGACCAACGCAUUGGAGAAUAUGCAUACUCUCGGACCUCUCUCGCACGAAAUUCUUCGCGCACCUACCAUGGCAAUAAACACGUCAGAAGCUUCGGAGACAUCGUCUACCUCUGGGACCCCAGCCACCGCAGAAGCUACGUCGUCGACAGACACAACAGAGUCUGGGGCUGUCGACGACAAGGCUCGUCGCAUCCGCGCACAAGAAGCAAACCCGAUCUUCUUGGCUUUGCAAUUGAGUGCAUACCCAGGGAAGGCAACAGAUCGCCCUCCUUUCUUGCUCCCAGAUGACCGAUCUACUGAGCGAUUGCUGCGAGCCAUGGAUCUGACCCCUGUGUACGACUUCCACAAAAUCGGUGUUUUGUAUGUCGGAUACAACCAGACCACAGAAAAGGAAAUCUUGGGGAAUACCUAUGGCUCUACAGCGUACAUGCGCUUCCUCUCCCGUCUAGGCACUUUGGUUCCGCUGCGUGAUCAGGUUGAUGUAUACACAGGUGGCCUGGACCGUCAAGCAGAUGAACAUGGCAAGUACGCCUAUGUAUGGCGCGACAAUACCAUGCAAAUUGUCUUCCAUACGGCUACAUUGAUGCCCAACCAUGAACAUGACCCCAACAGUGCGGCCAAGAAAGCUUUGAUCGGCAACGAUUGGGUCCACAUUGUAUUUAAUGACUCAGGGCGGCCCUACGAAUUCGGCACGAUCCCUAGUCAGUUCAACUUUGUCAACAUUGUCAUCUCGCCUCAUUCUUCUAUGCGCGACUGCGUAGAUUAUAUCGUGAAGGAUGAUAUGUACUUCCACGUCACACUUCAGCGCCGACCUGGCCUCCCUGACUUUUCGCCUGUGGGUGAAGGCUGUUUGGUUUCGUUCGCUGCAUUACCUCGUUUCGUUUGCAGCUUGGCGAUGCAAAGUGAUCUCAUGAGCCAAAUCUUCCUCGAUACAGGCGAAUCCAUGGUGCCUUACUCGAGCAACUGGGUGACGCGCUUGCACCAUGUUGAGCGAUUCGAAGCGCAAAUGCGAGCAAAGCAGGAUGAGCAAGCAAGUCAUGAAAACACCACUGUCUAUGACUUUACUCAGAUGUUAUCCAAUAAAUAA